AUGAUCGUUCGAGACGUCACACUCUCGUUCAUUCUAUUCAUUCCAGGAUUUUUGUCAUUCAUAGAUGACUCCAAAUGCCCGUCAUCAUGGACGCCGUCGGGUGACUCCUGCAUCAAACCGUUUCUUCGUCCACUCUCAUCUUCCGAGGCAGAGAAAACAUGUGUGGCUGAAGGAGGAAUACUGCUGGAUUGUGAUCGUUCUGGAAUGGUUGACGACGUUGCGGAUAUUCUCAGAGGUUUCUACGACAAUGGGCUCCAUGAAUCCACAUGGCUUGUUUCAAGGCGAGGAGGCGAAACUCCCAGGGCCAUAAAUCGUCAAAGUGGAAAAAACUAUAAAAUGAUUGAUGUUCCCUCCUCCGCUGCCUUUCCUUUCCUAUGUUCACUCACACGAAUCGGCAGACGCUCUCUUCUUAUCCAGCAAAUGUUGCUGAGCACAGGACAUGAUCAGAUCACACGAAAUGCUCAAUGUGACCUGAAGGGAACAUCUCACAGAAUUUUCGAUAUUGAGGUCUCUACUCGAAAAGGCGCUCCUCGUCUCAUUUCAAAUGCACCACCGGAGCUGUACUUCCAUUCUCGAUCUGAUGCCGAUUACGUUGUUUUACCGUGUGCUGUUGAAGGAAAUCCAAUCCCAGUGAUCACAUGGUUUAGGAACGACAUCGAUAUGGUAAUUCCAUCUGGAUCAACUGUGCCUUAUUUGCUUUCCGGAGGAUCCCUGCUUGUACCUGCCGAACCGUCGCUGGCAUACUCGUCUUUCCAUUGCACAGCGAAGAAUAAAUACGGAGAAGUUAGGGGCCCAUCGACGAUCCUGAAACCAGCAUUUCUCGACUCAUUCCGUCCUCAUCGCGGUAACGUUGUCCCGUUAUACAAUGGCGGGGCGAAACUCGAAUGUGAAGCUCCGAAUCAUCAACCAAAAUCGUAUUCAUUUCUUUGGCUCUACGAUUCAUCAACGGAUCGGAUUUUGCCGAACACAGAACGAACACUUGUAUCGUUGGACGGGACUCUGUACUUUUCCUAUGUGACUAAAAAUGAUGAGACAAGCUACGCUUGCUCCCUCUCACUAUCAUCAACGCAAUCGGGGCACUAUGGUCCAUUCUUCCGGCUACAAGUCCCUUCUCCACAAGAAACACCAUUCCCGCCACGCAUCGACUCUUCCCAACCACAAGUGUUCCCUGAAGCUCCUACGUUAGGAUCUACAGUAUACCUGGAAUGUUUUGCCUACGGAAAUCCAGUACCGGUGUACAAAUGGAGUCGAGUAGAUGGAAGACGAGUGAAUAAAAAAGCCGUCUCCAUGCACCACGGACGAGUGCUCAGGAUCGACCGUGCCGAAGUUUCAGACAACGGUCGAUACAAGUGCUCAGCCGGGAAUUCACUCGGAGUGGCAGCCGGAGAGGUCACUCUUUCUCUAAGAACUCCUCCCACAAUCAUUCUACCGUUGGCGGACAGGCUAGUCGCAACGGAAUCCACGUUCACUCUCGAAUGUCCUCUUUCAACCACGGAUGCGCAUUCGACCGUCGAAUGGUUCAAGGAUGCUAAGCCAAUUGUUCCUUUGCUCAUGCCUAGUCACCAAAGAAAACGUUUUAACGUCGAUCAAAAUAUUUUGACGGUGAACUCCACGACAACCACGGAUUCGGGUGUCUACCAGUGCAUCAUCAGCAACGAAGUUGGGCUGGCCUCAUCCUCAGCCUACGUGCUCGUUCGUGACUCACCACCCGUAUUCCCACGUCAAUCUAUGCCUAGAAAAUUAUUUGCGGUAAAUGGGAGCUCGGUGUCCAUUCCCUGUUUCUAUUACGCAUCUCCGAAAGGACAUAGCAGAUGGGCAGAUGCUGGUGGCGCAAAAUUACCACACAAGGGACGAGUUCGUGAUCAUCACGGAGUGCUGAUUAUCGAAAACGUUUUACAUGAUGAUGCUGGUUAUUUCUUCUGCUCUGCCCAUAACCGAUUAGGGAAAGCCCAUGCACAGAUGGAACUUGUAGUUAUAGAUAAGGCGCAAGUGCAAGUAGACUCACAAGGUUCGUUAUCGCCUGAGGAAGCUAUGAACAUCUCGUGUUCUGUAGCGAUCGAUUGCGGAACGCCGUCCGACUGUCCGGAAGCGUUUUUCAAAUGGACGUUUGACAAUCGUUCCUUGGAUUCUUUAUCGGGACUACAUGUUAAGACAAAAUUCCGCGAACAUAUGCGCCAUUCUGUGCAGGGACGUCGUCUUGUGCAAAAAGUUGACCUGCAGAUGUCGCCUGCCGGAAUGGGUCAGCGUCCCAACAAGGUGGCAUGUUUUUCGCUAUACGGUGAAGAUACGUUGGAAUUAACACCGAAGCAGUUGCUACCCGCACCGCUUGCGUUGAAAGUUGAACAGGAGAAGCAAGCAGUGCGAUUAGCAUGGAAGAAAACUAGUACUCAUCGAGAUAUAAGAAAUCAUGCAGUUAGUGGAGAGGCCGAUGCAUCUGGAGGAUACUUGGUUGAACUCCGAACUAAAGAAGAUCGACAAUGGAGGCCUGCUCCUCGAGAAGUCGUCGCUGAGACAGAAUCGCAAAGCAUUACUCUUGAUAGUCUCACUCCUAACACACUUUAUCAGUUUCGUGUGCGAACGGUUGACUCUGCGACGAUGGGCGACCCAUCCGCACCAACUCCAUGGAUUCGAACACCGCCAGCUCCGCCAAGCGAAGCUGUUGAAGGGUUGCGAUGGAGAGCACUCGACAACACCACAAUUCUUGUGGAAUGGGAUCCGGUGGAAACGGUUCACAAUUCCGGCGAACAUCUUCGUUACCGUCUCUCUUGGUCGCUAGAGGAUAACAAUGACGCUAAGUCUGAGUCAGAGGGGAAACGGAAGUUCCACUCCUAUCACAUUGAAACAAAGACACCGCAAGCAAUUGUGAGGAUGAACGCAACAGAUGAAUGUCGAAUGUUAGUUUUCUCCGUUCGACCAAUUAACGAUCAAGGAAUCGGUCUUACCAGCACCGAUACAGUGGCAUUCAUAAACACCAAAGGAGAACCACGACAGGUAUCCUUCACAAACGCCACUGUAUUGAAUUCAACACAUGCGUCAUUUUCAUGGGAAUGGGACAAAGUGAAUGAAUGUGGGAGAACGCGAGCUGUGCAGCUUUCGUGCUCCACCGAAGGCAGCGACCCGAUCGUUGUUGCUGUCUCAGCUGAUUUUGCCAAAUGGGACCUUGGAGGACUAAGUGCGGACAGUAAAUACAGUUGUAUACUGCGCCCGUUUGACGUUGAGGACAAUCAAGGUGAACCUAGCGCUCCUGUGGAAAUCGUAACCAAACAAAAACCACCUACUGAAGCUCCUACCAUCAAGAAGCUUUCCCUCAGAACCUUGGAAGAUGACGUAGGAUACACAACCGUUAUCGAAUGGACAGCAAUAAAUAUUCCAGACACAAACUUCACUGACGAGACGUCUGGAUAUAAGAUAUUUGUAUACGUGUCGGAGACGGCUUCGGAAGCAGUUGUGUUGACCAUGCCUAUCAAUAGACUUUCGAAUCCUGAACGGCCAAGCGCUCGUCUAGAUGGCCUUAGACUGAUGUACUUGUAUACUAUCCAGGUGGCUGGCUACAAUUCUGGUGGAUUGGGUCCGCUUAGCUCUCCUCGUAUCAUUCGCCUUGGACCGCAGUACUCUUUGGAUGAACCGUCUUCUGCCCGUUCUCUCCGGUUUAUGUAUAGUCUUUUCGUGUUCUGGUGUUUAUUUGUUUAG